CGAGUAACGCAAUCUGCUCAUACGGCCGAAACUCUGAACGAGCCUUCAUAAGUCGCUGUUGCCCAUCGCAUGACCGUCUCAUUGACUUUUUCCCUCCUUCGUGCAAAACCCAGCCCGACUCCAGCUUGGCAUACGAGCCAGUUCCAGAGCAGUAGUACUCCAUCAAAACCACAUCCUCUCCAUCUUAGUUAGAUCAACAUGCCUUCCUACACAUCCGUUCACCUCAAGGAGAGGCCGACAGACGCCAUCAUUGCAGGCAAGACCUUCGAAUCGAAGCAGCAGAGCCUCCCCUCCGCCUCGUCUCUCAAAGAUGGCGAAGUCCUCUUCCAGACGCUCUACCUGAGUUUAGAUCCCGCCAUGCGCGGCUGGUUAAACCCCACACGAUCUUACAUUCCGCCCGUUAAGAUCGGCGCGGUCAUGCGCGGCAGCGGUAUCGGUCUAAUCGUCGCUUCCAAGAGCAAGAAGUUCCCUGUCGGCACAUAUGCAAGUGGUAUGUGCGGGUGGUCGGAGUACGCGGUGCUGCCAGAGAAGGAGGUUGAGCUUCUGGAUCUGCCGCAUGGUGCAGUGCCGACUGAUGCGCUGGGCUGCCUGGGUAUGACUGGUUUGACAGCGUACUUUGGUAUCACCGAGGUUGGCCAGGUCAAGGCUGGUGACUUCGUCGUUGUUUCUGGUGCUGCUGGCGCGACUGGUAGCGUUGUUGGGCAGAUCGCGAAGCUGAAGGGCGCGACGGUGCUUGGUCUUGCUGGUGAGGACAGCAAGGUCGCGUGGCUCAAGGAAGAGCUUGGCUUUGAUGAGGCGCUGAACUACAAGGAUCCUCAGUUCAAGGACAAGUUCAGGGCGGCGACCAAGGGCCUCAUCGAUGUUUACUUCGACAACGUCGGUGGAGAGAUUCUCGAUAUGGCCCUCGCCAGGGCGAAGCCGUUCGCUCGUUUUGUCAUGUGUGGUGCUAUCAGCGAGUACAACAAUAAGAAGGCUCAAGGUCCUUCGAAUUACCUCAUGAUCAUCUCAAUGCGCAUCCGUAUGCAAGGCUUUAUUGUGUUCGACUACGCUGACAAGUACGCUGCGGCGAGGAAAGAGCUCGCACAGUGGCUGUUAGAAGGCAAGCUGAAGAGGAAAGAGACGAUCAUCAAGGGCGGCAUUACAAAUGCGGAAAGCGCGCUUGUCGGGCUAUUCGAGGGCAAGAACUCAGGCAAAACGCUAGUGGAAGUUGCAAAGCCAGAGGACGCAAAGUCGAAGCUCUGAGGCUGAUAAAGCAGCAACAUGUACGAGUAUCGUGUGUAGCUAGCUUGCACAGCUCUCGAAGACAGUAUGAAAUGCGAUCCAGAAUCAAUACACCAUAUACGCAAU